AUGAAAACAGGCCACUUGGGAGUCAUAAUCCCGGCAGGAAUAAAAUUGAAGCCCCUCCGCACUAAAAUCAGCUUUAGGGACUACAGAGCACAGAAUAAAGUCAAAAUUCAAAAGAAGCUUGCCGAGAAAAGUUGGUCUGAAGUUACGUCAUUGGAAACAGUUGAAGAAGCGACUGGAGUAUUGGAGAACACUAUCCAUAUGAUAGAUCAAUGUUUUCCAAAGAAAACAGUUACUCUUUCCACUCGUGACCCUCCAUGGAUGUCUCCACUCUUAAAGUAUUUAAUAAGAAAAAGAUCAAAGGCUAAGUCAAGGAGAAAGCUAUCUAUUGCGGCAGAAUUAACAGAACGAAUAUCUGGAAUAAUUUCACAUAAUCGAACAAAAAUGGCAAAGUCCGAGUGUACUGGCACAAGUCAAUGGUGGAAAAACGUUGAUUUUUUGUCACAUAGAAGAAAUCGAGCACAUAUUAUACUUGACAAUGAGUUCAAAGAAAACUUGAACGAUUACUUUGGAGAGUUAUGUUGGGAUAGAGACUAUGAACAGCCAAUGUUGAUGACGAUAGAUUCAACCACAAUAAAAGCUCCUCAGUUUAGCAUAACCCAGGACAAGAACGCUUUGUUGAAAAUAAGGAAAACUGCAACAGGCCGAUGA